CCGGGGGUGGGAUGAAAUAACGGAGGUCUAAGCGCUUGAUUUUCUCGUCGCAUUUACCGUUUAAAAGGGUAAACGGAGGACGUUGUUAUGGAUACAAUACUACAACAAUCCUUUGGAUAACAUGUAGGCGAAAAGCCAGCCACUUCCACUACUGAGGAAGAAGUGCAUCACUCACAUGCAGCUUCAACAAACCUAAUGUCUAACCAUGGAUCAUGAAGAGCUGCAGACGGAGCUGGACCAGAUUUCUAGGCGGCUUCAGGAGGAUGGCUUACCUCCAGCUGCCAGUGCGGAGGAGCGGCAGCGUUUUCUGUGGCAGCAGCUGCUUAGUGGGGAAGAAAAGCUUCAGUCAGUCAACCAGGAACUGCAGACCUUACGUACCCAACAGGCUAAUGAGAUGAAAGAGGUGGAGAGCUAUGUUGCACAUAUCCGUGGGCUGUUGGAAGAACGCGAGGGUCUGACUGCAGACUAUGAGAGAGACAAUGAACAGCUGCGACAUGAACUCCACCAGAUCCAACAACAACAGGAGAGUCAGAGCAAAGAGCUGGCGGAGAUGCUGGCUCAGGAAGAACUUGGAGAGAUGGGCUUGAACAGCCCCAGUGAGCAGGUGGCUUACUUGCUGGUGGAGAGGGCGACACUGCUGGAAAGGCUGGAGGCUGCUGAGAGAAGAUUGGAAAGUCAGAGCCUUACUGGAAACUUAACAGAAGGCUACCACCAGGGGCAGGAACACAUUCACCACAUGAUGGGGGAAGAGCUACGGCAGCAGAAGGAGGAUCUACAGAAAAGAAUAGAAAACAUGACCAAGCAGUGUACAUCCCAGAGUCCAUGGAAGAAGCUGUUUGGGCUGCGCAGGUCUGGUCAGAGCAAGCACAAUAUUACCCCUGCUCACUGUGAGGAGACUUCUCAGGAGCGAAAUGAGCGCCAGCGGCUGGAGAGAGACCUGGAAGAGGCGUCUCGGAGGCUGGCAAUGGCUCAUCAAGAUAUCCGCAGACUCACCAAUGAGCUGGAUGUUGCCAAAAAUAAUAACCUGGAUUCAAGUGGCUCUGGACUCCAGGGAAUGGUCCAGGAAGUAGAAAACCUGAGGAGUGAAGUGGAGAAACUGAAACACUGUGAUAUGAUGAAACUCAAACAAGCCAAAGAGGAAAAUGACAGACUAGAUGCUGAGAACAGAGCUCUGAGGGAGAGAAUACGCACUAUAGAAUCUGAGAAGGAACAUCUCCAAGAACAGUUGGCAUUAAAUGAUGCAGACCAAGAUUUAGCUGGAGUUUCAAAGGACAAGGGCACUGGCAUUAAAACACAGAACAUUUCUUCUGUGGAUCACAUUCAUAGAAGGUGUCGUGAGGCGAUGGAAGAUGGGCUUGUGCAGGUGAGAGAGCUGCAGCGGCAACUCCAGAGGCUGCGCAAGGAACAGGAGGAGCUGGAGGAGAGGAAUGAGGAGCUGGAGGCGCUGUUGGGUGAAACUCAGAAUACCAUCAAGGAGGAGAGGCGACGCCAUGAGGGCGAACUGGAGGGUCUGCACAGGAGGAUCAAAAGCCUGGAGGCAGAAGUGAAGAAGCAGGAUGCCCAUGAAAAAUUAAUGAGAAAUGGGGAAGAGGUUAAAGCCACCGAGUCCUACUUACAGCUGCACUUAAGGGAUGGAAGCCAGGAGAGAUUGGCUCUUUUGGAGGCACGACUGACAGAGGAGAAGGACUGGAGAAAGCAGCUGGAGGUUGAUCUCAGUGCUGCCCAGGCUGCCCUCAAAAAAGACAAAGAGGCUUUGCAGAUAGGUGAGCGAGAGCUGAAGAAGCUAAGAGUGGAGGUCAACAGCCUUCAGACAGAAUGCCAGCAAGGGAAAACUCUCAUCAAGAGUCUCACCCAAGUCAAAGGGGAAAAGGCAGUUCUGGAAGAAAAGUUAGCCCAGAUGGAGCGCGCCCACAGCCGACUGCAGAUUGAGCUGGAACGCUGUAAGAACAGUAGCAGGACACAGGAGAACCGAAAGGAAAACCGGCUUGAAGUGGACCAGCUGCAGGAACAGGCUGGUCGACUGACUGCUGAAUUCUGCAGCCUCCAGAAGGCACACAACACACUGAGGGAAGAAAUGGUUUCUGAGCGAAUGCAGAUUGCUGAGCUUCAGGCCAAACUGAGCUCUGCUGUCCAGGACAAGCUGGCAGCUCAGGGAGACAGAGAGAGACUGGAGCUUGAGAUACAGCACCUCAAAGUGCAGCUCAAGUGGCAUCAAGAGCAGAUCUCGUCUACAAAGGAAGCACUUAGCAGCCAGAGGUUUGAACUGCACACGGCUCAUAAUGAUUCCAGUCAUAGUCCAGUGGAGAGGAGCAACGAUGAAAGCUUGCAUCAGCUUUCAUGUAUGAAACAGGAGCUGAAUAAUAUGCAGAUGAAGCUGGAGGAGGAGCAGCAGCUGGCCUCUCAGCAUCAGUUGGCCCUCCAGGCUCAGGUCAAUGAAGCCCAGGCACGUAUUAAGUCCCAGGACUCGGUGCUGAAUCAGAAGACAGAGGAGGCCAAACAGAUGAAGCAGGACCUGCAGAGGGCCCAGAGCCUGUUUGCCUCAGCAGAGAGGGAGCUGCGCUAUGAGAAAGAGAGGAACAUGGACCUGAAGAGACACAACACCCUGCUGGACCAGGAGAAACUCAAGCUUUGUGCAGAGCUGAAGCAGAUCCAGACUAAGCUGGUCCAGGUGGAGCAGACACUCCACACUCAGGUGGGUGAGAGUGAACGUCAGCAGCAAAGAGUCCGAGAACUGGAGUUGGAACUGGCACGUAGUUCCACAAAUCGCAACGCCACCACCAGUCUGCAGGAGGACCUGCAGGCUGAGAGGGUGCGGCUCAUUGCAGCUGACAAAAAGGUGUUGGAGCUGCAGCAGCAGCUUAAAAAUGCCCAGCAUCAGCUGCGUGUGGAGGAAGCUCGGGCCGGAGAGAGCAUCCGCCUGGAGCGGGACAACGGGGAUCUGUCUGACGCCUUGUCAGCACUGAGAGCCCAGCAGCACGAGGAGCACUUAACCAGGAAGCUAUUAGAGCAGCGUGAGGAAGAGCUGCAGCAGCAGUUGCGCUCCUUGAGGCAGAAGGAGGCCUCCUUGACCAGGAACAACACAGAGCUUAGCCACCGUGUUCAGCAGCUGGACACCCGUCUGGCCAUCCUGGAAACUGAGCUUAGCAAGGCCAGGGAGGAGCAGAGAGACAGCCAGACGUCCAGCCACAGGCUGCAGGAGGAGGUGGCGGCCAGUCAGCAGGAGUGUGACAGACUGCAGGAGGAGCUGCAGGAGGUUCUCCUUCAACUCGACAUGCACGUCAGGAAGUACAAUGAAAAGCAGAGUCAGCACAAGACCAAGCUGCGACAGGCCAAGCAGCUCUUUAUCAAAGCAACGGCACAGAGGGACCAUACAAUCCAAAACCUGGAGAACGACCUGGAGCUGGCCUCAAGCCUCUCACACAAGGAGAAGGAAAGGAUCCAAACAGUGAUGGAGGAAAAUGAGAAACUCUUGGACGAGAAGAGGGAACUGUUGAGGAAGAUAAGCGAGGCAGAGGAGAUGGGAAGCACUGGCAUGAGGACGGCCUCAACUGUUCAGCACAGGGUCAACGUCUUAGAAGUGGAAAACAGGCAGCUACAGGAUCGAACCUUAAAGCUCUCCAAUCAAGUUAGUUCCUUAGAACGCGCCCUGAGGAAUACCCAAUCCUUCUACAGCCUGGAGAAUGUCAAGAAAGUGCACUCGUCUGAUAAUCUGUGUGACAGCAUCUUACAAACAUCUACUCUAAGUUUGACGUCAGGCUCCUGUGACCCACUGGACAUCCUGGACAAAAUCUGCCGCGUGAAGGUAGGCGGGCACCUGAUGGUGGACAGCACCCGAGUGCCGGUCUCCACACACCAGCUAUCAGAGCAGGGUUACCUGAAUCUCACCUCCCCACUUGUUUCUACUGUGGCCAAAGGCAAAGAGGAGAACUCUGAGAACAGUGACAAGGUACAGUAUGAGACCGUGUUUACAAACUAGCAGCAAGGAUGAAUGCUGAAUCUUGAUGCACUUAGUUUCUACCCACUCUCCUGGAUACAAUCGGUACAAUGCAAUCAGUGUAAAAGAGUAAAAAAAAAAGAACAUAUUGAAUGCUUCAAUAAUGAAUAAUUCUUUUAAAAAGAUGGUAAUAUGAAAGGGGCCUUCCACUGCAGUUCUCAGGGUGCAAUCACUUUUAAAUUAUAAACAGAUUCCCAUUUGUCUUGCAAGUACUGUAUUUUGACUCAGGUACAGACUGAGAGGGAACAUUUGUAUGAUUAAAAAAAAAAAAAAUGUAUGUGUCAAAUAUUUUAUGACAUAUUCCAAAGGCAGGUGGAUAUUAGAAAACUUAAUUUGGUGGCAAAAUCCUGUUUGUCUGCACCAGCGCACAAAAGCAAAGCCUUGUGUUGGUUCAUGGUACUGAUGUAACCUUUGUUUUUAGUAUUAAGGUACCUGAGUAGGUAGCACGUCACAUUAGUACACAUGAGGAUGAAUUUGAAUGGGACUAUUUUAAACUAAGCACUUUAUAUAAGAAGACUUACUUCUGUUUACAUUAGAGAAAAUGUAGCAAUGGCAUGUACCCCCCCCAAAGUCAUUUAAUCUCUGCAGUGUUUUCUAUGAAAAAAAUACCUGUGGUGUUGUAUGUCUAUAGUUUUACUGUGUCAAAACACAUUUGUCGUUUUUACAUGUUUACAACAUCCGUGUAGAUAUGGCAUAGAACAGUGAUAUAACAUUGAUGUUGUGGACCCACUUUAUAUCCAAUAUGGGAUAUAUGUGGUGAACUGUGAGGAGCCUACAGCUGGCCAGCCACUCCAGCUUUGUAGUUAAAAAAAGCAACAACAAAAGCAUCCACAAUGUUGGCAAAAGCCACAGAAUUCCAGAAGUUUGUUUUGUCUAUUUUCAGCUUCCCACACUGUUUUUCUCCCUCUUUACAUUUGUCAACCCUGAAGGUUUCUUCUAGGAACAUUCAAUCAGAAAAAAAGUACUUUAGCCACAAAUACAGUCAGUGGAGAUCGGUGUAUUUUAUAUGCGGCAUUAAUUACAUGGCAUUGAUUACCACUAUUCAUUUUCUAUGUUGGUAAUAUUUGUACACGCUGUAUUUUGAUUUCAUUGUGCCUGAAAUGAAGUGUUAAACAAUAUCUCGCUGCUUCGU